CUUGCAUCAUCGGUCGGUGGAGCAAGGCCUGGAAGGAAACUGGCUGCUGGGAUGGACGGCAUGCCGACAGCGUUGUGGUGGGGCCAUGCCAGCGCUUCAUCCGCCUGCGAGGGAACAGAUUUCUGUGGAUCGGCCUGGAGAGCGAUCCUCGAGUUUGUUGCAUGUUGCGAGCGGGUAGAGCUGCAAGCCUCGUGCUCGCACCACGACAUCGGCGGCGGGGUGGAGAGCAAGCCAUCGACUAUAUGAACUAGCUCCUGCGCUGCCACACCUUCUCCGUUCUGGCAUCCUCUUACAUUCCCGUUCCUCUUGUUUGCCUCGUACGCUCGCAGUCGACAGACUAAGAUCAUCUCUGUCGCCCAUCAAGAGUUGCGCACCUUGGUAUAUGUGAAAUCCGUAGUAGAAUUGCAAAGCCAUGGCGGACAUUGAUGUGGAAGAGACGCUGAGGAAGCUGUCUGUAUCAGAGAAGGUUGACCUUCUGGCAGGCAUUGACUUUUGGCACACAAAGGCGCUGCCCAAGCACGGCAUUCCGUCGUUGCGCUUCACCGAUGGUCCCAAUGGCGUGCGUGGAACCAAGUUCUUCAUGGGGACCAAGGCGGCCUGCUUCCCGUGCGGCACCGCACUGGGCUCAACAUUCAAUCUGGACCUCCCACGUGAAGCCCGGGAGGAGGCGAAGCUCAAGGGUACCCAUGUGAUCCUCGGCCCGACCAUCAACAUGCAGCGGUCGCCUCUGGGCGGCCGCGGCUUCGAGUCGCUCGGAGAGGAUCCGUUCCUGGCUGGCCUCGGAGCUGCCGCCCUCAUCAACGGCAUCCAGUCCACCGGCAUCCAGGCCACGGUGAAACACUUUGUCUGCAACGACCACGAGCACCGACGCAAGGCGGUGCAGGCUAUCAUCACGGAGCGGGCCCUGCGUGAAAUCUACGCGCUUCCCUUCCAGCUGGUGGUGCGGGACUCGCAGCCUGGCUCCUUCAUGACAUCGUACAACGGCGUGAACGGCAUCUACUGCAGCGGGCAAGGCAGAGUUAAGAGUAGUCACGUAUAG